AUGCAAGAUUCAAGAUUCAAGUUUCAAGAUUCAAGAUCCAAGCAGCAAAGUUCAAAGUUUAAGUACAGUGGAGAGAACUCCAAGCUCGAAGAUCCAAGAUCGAAGAUUCAAGAUCGAAGAUCCAAGAUCGAAGAUCCAAGAUCCAAGAUCGAAGAUCCAAGAUCGAAGAUCCAAGAUCGAAGAUCCAAGAUCGAAGAUCCAAGAUCGAAGAUCCAAGAUCGAAGAUCCAAGAUCGGAGAUCCAAGAUCGGAGAUCCAAGAUCGAAGAUCCAAGAUCGAAGAUUCCAAGAUCGAAGAUCCAAGAUCGAAGAUCCAAGGUCGAAAAUCCAAGGUCGAAGAUCCAAGAUCGGAGAUCCAAGAUCGGAGAUCGGAGAUCCAAGAUCGAAGAUCCAAGAUCUAA